GACACACUGAGGGUAGUGUUUUUUAUUAACAUCUUCAAAAUUGGAUUCAUAUUCGUGGCAGUAUUCACAGGAGUAAGGUCGCUUGGGACACGCCCCCUUUUGGUGGGAAGCGAUGCGGUGACGCUGGAACCAAUCCCCACACCCAUGCUCACACUCUACCGCUACAAACUGACACCCAGUCAGCUGGUUAUCUUGAGAUGGAUUGCUAUUCAGGUGCUGUUCGUAUUCUCCAAGUUUCCCCCUCCAUUCACAGCCGUCGUUCUUGUUACAUGUUUGAGUUCUGUAGUCAGACACGACGUCAGAGGAUCAUUCAGAGGAACAGAACUGAGCGACUCAGUGACCUACUCGACUGGCAAACUCAGGGACAGUACUAUCGCACAGCCAGACGCAGAGCCCUGGAGACCACUCAUCCAGAGUACUACAGCAGUAAGAGGCGUGGCUCCUGAAGUGCCACGCCCACUUCUUCCACUCCUGGGUUCCGAUAUCCUCGCCCCCUGAGUGAGCCUCCAUCGCGACCUCCUAGUGAGAUUGGAGAUGAUGAGGAUGA